CAUUCUUAAGUCAGUUUCGAAACAGGUCGUCGAAAGACGGACGCCGUCCAUUAAAAGAUCUCCACUUCAAAGUGAUCGUUUCAAAGGAAGAAUUAUUUUGAAUUGCAAAACAAAGUCAUAAGCACGUGUGCGUGAUCGUUAAACGGGUUUAUAAGUUAUUUAAAUUUUUAUUAUAAAUAAAUGACGGCGGACAUAUUUUAUUGAUACACAAAUAACAGUGCGUUGGACUUGACAAUUUUGUGCGAUAAACCAGUGGAUACACAAAGAACUUUGAUAAAACAAAAUAGAUAACUCGUAAUAUACAAGCAUUCAAAAAAAUGGUUAUGGAAAUGUCGAAGACCUAUCAGUAUCGUAAAGUGAUGAAGCCCAUGUUGGAGCGAAAGCGACGGGCACGGAUUAACAAAUGCCUCGAUGAUCUCAAGGACCUUAUGGUUGAGUGCCUGAAACAAGAAGGAGAACAUGUUACACGUUUGGAAAAAGCUGAUAUUCUGGAACUCACAGUGGAACACAUGAAAAAGUUGAAGCAACGCGGAUCCCUCUCAGUGAAGUACCCCUCAAAGUCAGACUGCUUUCGAUCAGGAUUCUUUCACGCGGCUGACCAAGUGUCAAAGGUUUUAGCAGCCACUCCGGGGGUUGAUGUGGAUCUCGGGACGAAAUUAAUGACAUACCUAGGGAAUCGCCUGAAUCAAAUUUGUCAUAAGGAAAUCCAGCAAAUUCAACAGUCGCCUGAAGCACUACCAUCUAUUCCUUAUGAACGAAACAGUAUAUCGCCAAGCUGGAGCGAUUCAUCUGACUGUCACUCCCACCAAGCCUACCUGAAGCAAGGAUACCCUUAUCCCCAGCCAGCACAUUCAAAAGUGACUACAGAAGUUACGAGCGCGAAUGAUAUCUGGAGACCGUGGUAGAUGCUAGUAAAUCAGUAGUAAUACAACACUUUUAAAUUAUGGGCUGUGCAAUAUUAAGUUAGGCGAAACUAUUAUUUCUCUGUGAUAUGGAAUUGAGCUUUAAUAAAACAAGAACAAAAGAAGAACUUUUGUUGAGAAAUU